AUGGAAUUACCUGAGAGUAAUAGUUCUCAUUGGAAGUCCAUGUUUAUAGAUGGUCUUCCCAUAUUAUUUGCUGAAAGAAUUAGGAAAACCCUUAGAGGUCCUAAUGUGAGUAUUAACUAUGAGGCUUACACCUAUGGUAACCCUAUAAAGGUUGUUACUCAAGAAGGUUUAAAUUUAUGUAGUGGGAUUAAGUUAAACCAACAGAUUAAGAAGUAUCGUAUUACUGAGAGACAACAGCUGGGAGAAUUUUAUGAGCAAUUUGCUAUAGAUAUUCCCAAAAGCGCUAGAGAAUCUCAUAAGAGUAAGAAAAAGUACUCUGGGGAGAAAAGGUCUAAAAGGAUUGACAAGAAGGAAAAAAAAAAAGAGGAUUACAAAUCCAAAAAGGCUUAUAGAAAAGCCAAGAAGGCCAACACUUGUUACCAAUGUGGUAGAUUUGGUCACUUUGUGAAAGAUUGCAAAGUAAAAAGCAAGAUCAAGAGUCUCACUAUUGAUGAUGAUAUUAAAGACUCUCUGUGUAAGAUUUUGCUCAAUUCCUCUACGAAAAACUUUAGUCCGGACCAUAGUGAUAAUGAGGAAAAUGAUUCAACCGAUGAGGACCUGCGAGUUCUCCAUCAAGAAGACUAUAUGCCUUCAGAUGAUGAGUGUAUACUUUGA